AUGAGCGGCACGGCGUUCGUCAAAUGGCGCUUACCAUCCUCGAGUGCUCCCGAACAUCAUGGUCAUACGGAUAAGGCGGUCAUUGUAGACCACCGCGCAUAUUGGAACUACGACAAGAUCCUGCAGGUCAGGCUCACUAUUGACCGAAACCAGUCCCUUCACGAAUGCGAGCUCUACUUCGAGAUCAUACAGGAAUUUGCAUCGGGGGGAAAUAACGAGAAGAAUCUCCUGGGAAGGAUCAGACUCAACCUGUCCGAAUAUGUGGACAAGAGCGAUGAUGAUGAGGGCAUUGUACGGAGGUACUUAAUGCAGGAUAGCAAGAUCAACAGCACGCUCAAGGUCGGGAUCGCGAUACGCCAAGUCGAAGGGGACCGGAAUUUUAUUACGCCGCCUCUGAAGUCAGCUAUGGUAUUCGGAGGUAUCGCAGGCGUUGUAUCCUCUGAACAAAGCGAGCAUGACGAACUGGGCCGCCUACCGACCAUCAACAGCCAGAACCGAGAAACCACCGACAUGCAAGACAUGUAUCGUCGCACUUUGGCCGCCUCUUGGAAUUCUCGGGCUGACGAUUUACCGGCGGAUAAAUUGAUCGAAGAACUGUUUUCGGGGGGCAUUAGCUGGGCCGACAACCAUGAUGCCCGCGCAGAGAAGUCCGUCGAACAUCAAUCUGAACGGUUGUCUGCCAGUGGAAGCUUAGGCGUAAAGCAAGCUAUGUUGGAGAGUCGGUUAUCGCCCCCUAGCUUUGAGAGACGGCCAAGGAGCUCCUCAAGCAAUCACUUCCGAAAUGAUGGUAAGGGGGCUGAGUUCGCGCCAGCGAUUAACCAUGCACGAAAGGCCGGAAGCAUUGAGCAGCAACUCUAUGAUAAUCCGAAAGGGAAAGUCUGGAAGAAUCGUAGUACUGAAUUCGAGUUGUCCGAGUUCGAUGUGCGGGAGGACUUGCGGAGCUGGGAGGUCAUGGAUAAGGAAGCGUCACGGCUCCUGAGCUGCCGACUUUUUCCGGAAUGCAGAGGGAGUCCCCUCUCCCCAUCAUUGCGCCGGCGCAAUGUCUCCGCCCGAUUCGAAAGUUCCGCGAGUAACGCCACUGGAAAUGAUGCUACCGCAAACGAUGCUACCACAAGUCCUCGAACUCCCCGUCGCAGUACAUUCAUCCCGAAAGGAGGUCUAAAAGUACCCCUGUCCGUGGGCUCGCUAGGAGGCGCCGCUGAGGUCGUACUGGUCAGGGAACGAUGGGUCAGAAAGGAAAGGAAGGGUCGCACAUCCCCGAAAGUGGAAGAAAGAACAAACGAACCCGAAGAGGUGACAAAAUCUGACAACGGCUCCCUUCCUUACUUCUUGGAGGAGCUACGCAAAGACGAUGAAUAUCUCGAUAACAAUGUCCUACAAAAUCGAAUCGAGAGUUUUCGUUCCGACUUUCAACCACUUGACAAGCUGACCCCCACUGAGUGGACGACCCUUCGAGAGACACUCGGAUCGUCAUUCACCCUUCGGCAGCUGACGGACUAUAUAACAAAGGUGGGGAAGUAUAACCGGGUGCGGAUUGGCUUGGAUUUCGAUCACAACACAGAUAAGAUGGGAGAAUGGACACCUGGGACUUCGGAGUUUCUUGAAACCGAACUUGGUUCCCGAGGCAGUGUUGCCGAACGAGUGGCGGCAGCGCAGGCUCUCAAGGGGAAAUAUCUUCUUGCUGAGAAGAUUCUUCGCGAUUGCUGGCAGCUCGGAAUUAUUGAUGAAGUUGGUCAGCGUGAUAUCCAUCUGCCUGCCCAUUCUUUAUCGCUGCUCCUCAGCUCCAAGCAUUUUUCUUUCGAAGAGUUAGCCGGUCUGUACGAAGCGAAAAUCGAUGUCACCCACUUCCUUGGCCUUGUGAGAAUCACCGGAAAGCAGGAAGUGUGUGAUUCGAUCAGCGAGAUUGUACACGAUUCCCUUGCUAGGAUUCGACAGGAAGAUAUCAGUCUUCCGCCGGAUAAUUCUGUGACGAACGCCAACGCUAUCUUUACGCCGAAUUUCCUAUCAUGGAUUACAAAAACAUAUGCGGUGGCAUUUGAAAACACUACACAGCCUCCCGAUAAGAUCUUCUACCUUGUUGAAAACAAACAGGAUGCCGACAAUGCCCGCCGGGUCUUGAACCUCGCCUAUCACAGCGCAAAUGCCCGUCUCGCACCUUUCAGCACCUAUGUAUCGCCCGCGGAGCCAUUCUGGGUCCACGAUUUUGACCCGGAGGACAACCUCACAUGGUUCGACAAACAAAAGAAAUGGUUCCGAUGGGGCUUGCCGGCAACCCAUGCCACCGAGAGCAAUACAUCAGAGACCCCCUUCUUCGACAAACAUCCAACUCGCCUAUCGAACGAGCUUCUCAAGCUACUCCGACGGCAACGAACCCCCUCUCGAGCAGGCCAACCCCCCAACACCGGUAUCCAAGAAUCCAUCACCGCCGCCGUGGGCAGUUGCCUUUUCCUGCGCAAGCCAAACUCCGAAGAGAGCACAGCCAGUGCUUCUAAACUGGGCCAAAUGGCCCUUCCACGGACCUUCUCCACCGACAUCCCUCGUGCCGCACCUUUCCUCCGCGGGCUACAGCCCCAGCCUAUAGACGAGUACCAAAAAGCCCACCGUAUCCGUCUCAUCCCAUCCGCCUUCAACGCCCACGUCUUCCCGCAACUGGAGCUAGAAGUCACCGCCAAGACAACCCACCGCGCCAAAGACGACCACGAGCCCGAAUUCGUCAUGCGCAGCGCCAAGGCCAUCCUCCUCGAGAGCAACCUGGACUUCCUCCUCCCCGAGAACGGGCUCGACCUCCGCUUCACCCGCAAGCUCACCCGCGAGAUUCUCAAAACCCCCCACGAUGGCUCUGGCUCGGACCCCUCCCCCCUGGAAUCCCUCGAAGAAUGCCUCCGUGAUCUCUUCACGAGAUGCACCUCCGCGGAAAGCGAUCUGCCUCUUCCCCCCUCCAUCCAACUCUCCCUUCCCCGCCAGUUCCUCCCCUCCGAUGCCCCCGAUUCUGCCGAAUACACUUUCCUCCCCGUGAGCGAUAUCAGGAGUACCCGUGUUUACCGGUACGAGUUCCUCGACCACCAACUCAACUAUACUUUCCAUGAGAGUGGGCCGUUCAACGCCGCCGAAAAUACGAAUAUGUUUCUGAAUAUGAACAUGCCGGCGGCGGCGGCCGGUGAGUCUACUCUGGCCGCUCAGGAUCACGCUAUCCAGGAGAGUUUCCAUACUUUCUACAAUACCGCGUGCGCUUUGGCGUUUGAGUUGGAUAGGGCUCGGCUGUAA